AUGGAUGGGAAUAGGAACAUUCCAAGUUCAUCGUCACGGACUGGUAGGGAGAGGGAAGGCGAUCGUCGAAGUGCGGCCCUAAACUUAAUAAUCAAUAGAAGCGCUCAAUGUGACAUCCGAAACGUGGCUCUUAGAACCGAACUGAGCACAUCAGGUGCCGGAAGGCCUAAUAGCCCUGAUCACCAUUCCAAGAUGGAGAGUGAUCUGCCUGUUCCAGACUACAAGUUAAUCCGUUGCAGGCUUUCCCAACCUCGUCGACAACAGCGGUUUAGAACUUUACAGUGCUGUGCUUUUGAACCAGAUCCAGUUUAUCCCGAAUUGACCAAUUCUAUUGCUGCAAUCUGCGGCGCCGAAGCCCUCUAUUUACUUGAUUGCUCAACAGGAGUGAUGAUGUACGAAAAUUUUUUUCCGGAAGAGAAUUUUCGAGCACUGGCAUGGACAACACUUAAACUGCACAACGGAGAGAACUUGAACGUACUUGCCGCCGGUGGAGAUAUGAGGAGCAUUCGUCUGCUUCACUCUCCCAACUUAGUUACUUACGCUGUCCUAUUGGGACAUUCAUUUGGGAUAACUUGCCUAACUUUUCAUCCCAAAAAACCGAGCCUUCUCUUCUCUGGCGAUCGUCAGGGCUACGUUUAUGUAUGGAAUUUAGGCAUUCCAACCAAGCUUAACUGCUCUAACACGCUUUUAAUGCAGUUUAAAUGUCCUUGUCCAGAUUUCUACCCAAUCCUGAAUCUCGUUGUCAUGCCAACUUAUGACACUCUUUUGGUCAGCUGUGGAGAUAGCAUUUUCGCGUGGGUUAUUAACGAUCUCAGGCAAAUUUCCCAAAAGGAAAAAGAGCCCCCUGCGUCAUUGCAAAUUAAAGUACCUACACAGCGUGGGCCCUGGUUCGAUGGUUUGGUUCGUAUCUCGGAUAAACUUAUUGUUGUGAACUCCAUAGAAGAGGGGGCUAGCUAUGUCAUUGACUUCACGCAAGUUGUAAGCAAACUUUUCAAUCCUAAUAUUGAAUCUAUGACUGUGGAAGUAUUGGGCAAAUUGCGAUGGUUAGAAACGGAGGAUAUUUAUGUUACUAUCAAGGCUCGGCCUGGUGUAGGCGCUGUUUUCAGCGGCAAUAACAAGGGUGGUGUCUGGAUUUACGAUGUUUUCCGAUAUGUCUCUAACGGUGGUCCUCAUCCCAAGUUUGACAUACCGCCUAUCAAGGUAAGACUUUAA